GAGUAACCUAUAAACAUUGAAAUUCAUGCUGCGGAAAAUUCUUUCUUCUCCAAGGCAACCUAGAGAAACCUUUCUCUAAUUUAGCCCUAAUGAUGCUUUAGUGGAAUCUCUUAACCUGCGAGGAAGUAAAAAAUCAUGCAGCACAAGUCCUAAGGAUCAGCAAAUUCCAAACAUGAUGUAUCCAAGGAUCAACGAUUUAUAAUUAUUCUCCCUCGCUGUGCAUGUCUCUUUGAAAUGGGUUAUAAUUCCUUCAUUAGCGCUGUGGUGAUCGCAAGGAUUUUCAAUGCUAUACUUCCAGCAUAUGCAAGUUUGAUUUUCACAAUAGAGCCAUCAGACCAUGUUGUAGCUGUAGGACAGCCCCUUCUCCUCAACUGCCAGGCCAAAUACAGUAGAUCUGGAAAUGUAGUGAUAUCUUGGAAAAAUAAUAACCAAUGGCUGUUGGAUCCCAAGAAUGCACCCUGGACCCAGUUAGCAAAUCAGUCUUUGUACUAUAGCAGCUUUCCUGCUAAUAGUACUGGCACUUUUGUCUGUGGAGCUUCAGUUCAAGGCACAUCCAUAGUCACUUACAGUAGAAAAGCAACUGUUCAAGCAGCAUACAUCAAACCACAGUACCUCACAAAUCCACAUAAUCUAACAAAAAGAUUGGGAGAGGAUGCAACAUUUGACUGUGUUAUUGCAGAAAGUCUACCCUAUUCAACCAUUCACUGGCAGAAAGAUGGAAAGGCCUUUACUGGUGGUGAAGUAACAGGUCCAUUUCAAAUUCCUAGCACAAAGGCCACAUCAUUAGCCCUGUCAGUGAGGAAUGUAACAUUCUCAAGUGCAGGAUGGUAUGGUUGUGUGGCUGUAAAUCCUUUGUUACCCAGUCUGCCACAGUACAGCAAGAAGGCUUAUUUAACUGUACUUCCUGCUCAAGACAAGCCUCACUUUGGUAUUCGUCCAACAAAUAUGAUUGUACCUGAGCACCUUCCAUCCAUUCUUCAGUGUCAAAUUCUUGGUGUUCCCCCACCUGUGAUAUCAUGGACAAUGAAUGGUCAGCCUGUGAACAAUGUGUCUGACCGGUACAUGCUUGGUAAUGGCUCACUUUACUUUGCUCCUCCAGUGAAAAACUCUUAUGCUGGGCAGUAUGUGUGUAAUGGGACAAAUACAGCUGGAUCAGUCUCAAAUUUUCCUGUGUUUUUCAGAGUGGCAUACUUUGAAUUCAAUUUUCGUGAGAAUCCAACCAAUCAGACAGCUGUUGUUGGUGAUGCAGUCAGCAUGUCCUGUGUUCCUCCUUUCAGUUUUCCUGUUCAGGUCACAAUUAAUUGGUUUCACAACUAUCAGCUGAUUACACCUGGCGGCAGAAUUACUAUUGACAAUUCAGGCACAAUAACUUUUACUUCCAUAGCAAAGUCUGAUGAAGGGAGUUAUUUCUGUGAUGCAACAAAUUCUGUCCUUCAUGCCACAAGAACAUCCUCUGUGGCCUUUGUUGCUGUGUAUGUACCACCAUCUUUUCAAGUUCGGCCCAGUAAUACCAACGUCACACAAGGUUCUCCACUUAUGUUACACUGCCAGGCCAAAGGCGAUCCUAUGCCAAGUUUAACCUGGCAGAAAGAUGGUCAGGCUGUGCAGAAUAAUCAUGUGACGCUUCUGUCCAAUGGCAGCUUGUUCAUUUCUAGUGCUGUUAAGCAGGACGCUGGGACAUUUAGAUGUAUUGCAAACAAUGUCGCAGGUUCUGUCAGUGUGACUGCUGUUGUCGCCAUUUAUGUUCCGCCUUCACUGGUCUCGCCGCCAGAAAACGCUACAAAGACAGUAGGAGAUAUCGUGAAGUUUACGUGCACGUUCAGUGGAAUUCCAAACCCGAGCAUUCAGUGGUUCUACAAAUCUGAAGGGUCUAUGGUUCAAAUCAAUCAAACAAAUCAUUACGAUAUUUUAACCCGAUCCCUUGAAAUCAAGCAGAUAACGAAGAAAGACGAAGGAAGAUACAUUUGUCGAGCUGAAAACGUUGCUGGAAGUUUGGAAGCAUCGGCCUAUUUAACAGUGAGAGUUCCCGCUAGACUCGAUAUGAACCCAAUGAAUAUAACCGUGAAUGAGUCCUCUCCAGCCUCAUUCCGGUGUAAUGCAUCUGGUGAUCCCAAACCAGUAGUUACGUGGUUUAAAGGUGGAACCCAGUUGACCCCAGGAGCAAGGAUUGCGAUUGGUGAAGACAGUUUAACGAUUGUGAGUACGGUCGCCAGUGAUUCUGGGCAGUACAGCUGUAAUGUUAGCAAUGGAUUGAAUUCACAUGUGGGAACUACCCAUUUGCUCGUUCAAGUCCCACCAAAUAUAACAUUAUUUUACGUACCUCGACUGGUAAAACUCGGUGCGAGCGCUGUACUAAACUGUUCUGUGAGAGGUACGCCUAAACCAAGUAUCACGUGGUACAAGAACGGCGAGUUAUUGUCCUCGUCUAGCAGCUUGUUUGUGAUUGGAAGCAUUCGUGAAGCUGACAUUGGAGUAUAUACUUGCACCGCAUCUAACGCAGCGGGAAGGGUAUCAAAGCAUGGAAAUCUAACUGUGCAAGUGGCUCCCAGUCCUCCAUUUCCAAUCUCUGCCAUCCCGGUAUCCUCCUCUGCCAUUCAGUUGUCAUGGCAACCCGUUUUUGAUGGGCACAGUCCAAUUACCAGUUAUAAGCUGGAAAUGAGGAGAGAGUCUGAAAGCUACGUCGUCAUACAAGAGGUCAUCUCUGCCAUGUCAUAUACUGUGAGGAAUCUUCGUCCAUUCACCUUGUACACCUUCAGGAUUUCUGCUCGUAAUGCCGCUGGUUUGGGUAACGGGGCCAAUAUUACGAACAAAACCUUACAAGAUGCUCCUUCGCCACCUACCAACGUUUCUGCGGUAGCCUUAAAUGCGACAACUAUGACCAUCACCUGGGACCUACCAACCACACCUAACGGUCAGAUCACACGCUAUGAAAUUCAUUACAAUGUUGUUGAAAAGAGUAACCUCACCAGCAUAAUGCUACUCGCCAAUCAGCUGCCGGUGCUUCAGGCCAUGAUUGUCGGUUUGAAACCAUUUACUCGUUACCAGUUUAAAGUUCGUGCCGCCACUGAGGAAAGGAAUGUUAUGUGGGGAAACUUUUCAGCGAUUACUAAAGCGACUACGGAUGAAGCAGCUCCAGCUGCAUCUCCUCAAGACAUUCAACUAACAGCUUUGUCUGCUGAGGCCAUUCUCGUUACGUGGAAGAGUAUUCCUUCCGAACUAUCCAACGGCAUCAUCAGAGAAUACAUCGUGAUUGCAAAGGCAGCGGGUCCUUACAAUUUUCAUAAUGAUGGAUUGAAAUACUCCACAAAUUCAUCACUGAAUUUUACAAUUCAAGGACUUCACCCAUGGACAUUUUAUAACGUCACUGUCCAGGCCUACACGGUUGACUCCGGACCAAAGAGCCCUGUUAAACAAGUUCGGACUUUAGAAGCUGCACCUGGUCCGCCAUCGAAUGUGACUUUGGAUUCCGUCAGCCAGCACAGCAUCAUGGUGUACAUAGCUCAGCCUCUUCCUCCAGCACGAAAUGGCGUCAUCCGUGGUUACACUGUGUUGUACAGGCUGGCCAGCCUAACGGAGGCUGAUUAUCUGUCUGUAAAUACAACCUCAUCCCCUGUAACAUUGACCAACCUUUCAGUGUUUACAGAGUAUUCUAUUCAAGCAGCAGCUUUCACCAGCGCAGGACUGGGCACCACAAGCGAAGUGAAAACAGUAGUCACACAAGAAGGAGUUCCAGGCGCAGUCGGUAACGUGACCGUGGUAUCUGUGAGUCACAACACUAUAACAAUAACUUGGCAUCCCCCUGUAAGGCCCAAUGGCGAAAUUAUGGAGUACAGGAUCACCUACAGAUCUCUUGACAAUAACGCGACACGCAUCCUGACAACAGAUGGAAGUUUGACUACAGCUGAUAUCAAGAACUUGUCAGCGAACACGACCUAUUACAUUUACGUAACGGCAAGAACGGGCCAAGGGGCUGGCGAACAAGGAAUGAUUUUUCAUGUCACAACAGGUGUUCCUCCUCCAGUGACUCUCCUUCCCACAGAACCACAGGUUACUCCUACUAAGGAAACAGAGACAACGGUGGUGGCCCCUCCUGUGACAGAGAGGAGAACCAGCGAACUAAACCAGGAGCAGAUGAUCGUCAUAAUCGUUUGUGUGUCGCUAAUAGUUGCAUUUCUUAUAAUAGCAGCCGUUUACUUUCUGGUUUUCCGGCGAUGGAGAGAAAACAGAGAUGGUGGUGGAUACAAAAGAUCAAGAAAAUUACAUGGUUUCAAUGGUGAUUACGAAAUGAACAGGCAUGGUUUCCACGGUAACGCCGUUCUUGAUGUGACUGAAGAGCCGAGUGGAGCAGACGCCGAUGGCUCAAGUGAUUCCUUUGAUUCCGAUUGGGUUAGCAGCAGCAUCGCGUUGCCUUCACCACCACCGAAUCCGGACUACGCAGAACCAGAUCUUUCCUCUCUGCAACGUUCCUCAUCGCGUAAAUCAGAUCGCGCGCAGCUGGUAGGUGCACGACCACACGAGGACUCCAUGAUUAGCCAAGACGGUUAUUCAACCGUUGAGGCUCUUGGAGGUGGAAUUUCCAGCUUUGGCCCCCCUCCCCCACUACCUUUUCGCUCAUCUUCAUUUAACGAGCGAGGUUCUAACUCUCCUGGAAGUCGCAAGUCAUUUACAAAUAAGGGUUACAACCCAGCGUCUGAGCGAGAAGGAUUGGAUCUCGGAGAAGGAAGUCGAAACAGUUUCCCCAACAGGGAUAUUUCAGGGAUGGAGGACAGGGGUUACGAUUCAGACGAGGAGCUUGACAGGAGUCUUGCUUCCGCCAGCGGCGAGAAAUCGACUUUGGACAUAGCCCCUCUCAAUCUUGACGAGUUGUACGCCAAACCUGACUUAACCAAAAAAAGAAAUACCAUUGCAUUACAAUCAGGCAGGCAGGACGAUGAGCCAACUCAUGAUCCUGUGGUGGUGUACGAUGAAAGAACUAAUUUUUAUGGCGAUGAUGCAUCAAAGGAAUCGAAUCCUUCAGUGGACAGAAAUGAUGCAAAAAGUGUUGCUGAGAGUAAUGUCUCGAGCGCAACAAUUGUCUCCGACCUAAAUAGUAGCGAAGUGGCCGAACCCGUUAAGAAUGACGAUCUGAUCAACCUUAGUCUUGAACUUCCACCUCCGGCAAACGCUACUGAGGGGCUGUCCAUCCAAGAUUCAGGCUCUGCCCCUCCCUCUCCGUAUACACUUCGCAGCAGAAAGAUCUCGUUAGGUUCUCAGGACAGUUCCUACGACGAACCUUAUAACAACUUGGAGGAGAUCGACGCUGGCAUUACACCACCGCCGGAUUUUAUCCCCGCUAAGCCCCCGUCGUUGGGAUUUAAUCCCGAAGAAGAAUUGGGCGGUCUCGCCGCUGCUCCAACCAUUUCCCGAUCUUCUUAUCCCAAUGAACCUUAUGGGGUCGAGGACAAAUCCGAGGAAGAGGCCGUGGUUAUGGAGGUGAAGGAGCUUAAAAAUAUGGAAGAUGCUAGAGAAGCUGAGGAUACAAUCAACGAUUUCGACGACAUUCUAAAUGGUCUUCUCGCGAACGAGCCAACAGACGAACCAGAAACAACUCAAGAAACUUUCACGAGAUCCGACGGCUAUGAUUCGACUGUAUUAAUGUUUUAGAUUUCCAAACCGUGUAAGCUGGAAAAUUGUAUGGAAAAGCUUACCAAAGGUAUUUAAGAGUGAGGUUUUUCACCAGCCUUCUGACGAAUGGGAGAGCUCUUGAGGAACUUUUGUGAGAUCUGACGGCUAGGAUUCGGCCGUGGUAAUGUGUAAGCUUUAAGAGUGUUUAGGCUGGAGAAUUUAAACAAAUGGAAAAUGAUAUUUGGGGACUUCGAUUUAGGUGAAACUUUCUGAAGUAAGAGCUUAUGGGUUUGUUUAGAAACUUGCUAUCUGUUACGUUGCAUUUUACUGCGAAAUAUGUUACUCAAAAAGUUUAGUGCAUGGGAAAAGCCAGAUUUCCAGGAGGUCUCUUGAAUGCCCAAUAGCUUAAUGAUAACAAUUGUAGACUUUCUCUUCAAA